ACCAACACUCUCCUAUCUACCUUCACUCUGUUCUCCAUGAGUAAAAAAUCUAAUUCCAAACUCCAUCCUCCAAGUUUCGCACUCAUGGUCGUCACAAAACAUGGUUCCCACCAUUUUUUCCUCCAUUCAAACCAAACGUGUCUCUGCCACACUCUCAUUGUUUUCCAGAACCCACUUGACCAAUGUAUCCAACAAACCAAAGUCAACAACGAGAACCCUCCAUUCACAAACAUCCUCAGAGUUACCAAACAACGUGAGGUUUUGCUUCCAAGACUGUGUCUCACUCUUGCAGCACCUGAGGGACCAUGGAGACAUAAACUAUGGCAGAACCCUUCAUUCUCUCUUCGUUAAAACUGCCCUUGACAAGGAUGUCUUUGUACAAAACAACAUGGUUAGGUUUUAUGGGAAUAUUGGGGAACUUGAGAAUGCACAGAACCUGUUUGAUGAAAUUCCUGAACCAAGUUUGGUUUCUUGGACGAGCUUGGUCUCUUGUUAUGUCCAUGUGGGGCAACAUGAAAUGGGUCUGAGCUUGUUUCGUCGCUUGUGUAGGUCCGGCUUGCACCCCAACGAGUUUGGUUUCUCUGUGGCACUCAAGGCUUGUAGGGUGUUGCAGGAUGUUGUGAUGGGUAGGGUCAUUCAUGGGUUGAUAGUGAAAACUGGGUUUGAUUCGUGUAGCUUUUGUGGUGCUUCGAUUCUUCAUAUGUACGCUGGUUGUGGAGAUGUUGAGGAUUCGAGGAAGUUUUUUGAUGGGGUUUGUUUGGGUGAGAGGGGUGAGGCAUUGUGGAAUGCUUUGCUGAAUGCUUAUGUGCAGGUGUCUGAUGUGCAGGGUUCUCUGAAGUUGUUUCAUGAGAUGGGGUACUCUGCUGUGUCGCCGAAUCAUUUUACUUACGCGAGCUUUGUUAAACUCUGUGCUGAUGUGUUGGAUUUUGAACUUGGGAGGUGUGUUCAUUGCCAGAUUGUGAAGGUUGGGAUUGAAAAUGAUGUUGUGGUCGGUGGUGCCCUUGUUGACUGCUAUGCUAAACUAGGAUUAUUAGAUGAUGCUUGUAAAGUGUUUCAAAUCCUUGAAGAGAAGGAUAAUGUGGCAUUGUGUGCUUUACUUGCUGGGUUUAAUCAGAUUGGAAAAUCCAAGGAAGGUCUUUCGUUUUACAUUGAUUUUCUUAGUGAAGGUAAUAAGCCAGAUCCAUUUACUUCUGCAAGUGUUGCCAGUUUGUGCUCAGAUUUGGAAACAGAGCAUACUGGUACUCAAGUUCACUGUGGUUUCAUCAAACUUGGCUUUAAGUUGGAUUCAUACAUUGGUAGUGCCUUUAUCAACAUGUAUGGAAACUUUGGGAUGAUAUCAGAGGCUUAUAAAUGUUUUACUGACAUUUGCAAUAAGAAUGAAAUAUGCAUUAAUGCCAUGAUGAACUGUUUAAUUCUCAGUUCAAAUGAUUUGCAAGCUUUAGAGCUGUUUUGUGCGAUGAAGGAAGUUGGUAUUGCACAAAGCAGUUCUUCAAUCAGUUAUGUUCUACGGGCUUGUGGAAACCUUUUUAAGCUUAAAGAAGGAAGAUCUUUACAUUCUUACAUGAUUAAAAAUCCUCUUGAAGAUGACUCUAGGUUGGCCUUAGAUAAUGUUCUUCUUGAGAUGUAUGUUAGAUGUAGAGCUAUUGAUGAUGCAAAAUUGAUUUUCAAAAAGAUGCAAAUGCGAAAUGAGUUUUCCUGGACUACUAUCAUAUCUGGAUGCAGAGAAUCAGGGCACUUUGUAGAAGCUCUGGGGAUCUUUCAUGAUAUGCUUCCAUAUUCAAAAGCUAGUCAGUUCACCUUAAUUAGUGUUAUUCAGGCUUGUGCAGAACUAAAGGCACUUGAUGUAGGAAAACAGGUCCAUUCCUAUAUCAUGAAAGCGGGAUUUGAAGAUUAUCCAUUUGUUGGAAGUGCCCUGAUUAACAUGUAUGCAUUAUUUAAACAUGAAACUUUGAAUGCUUUCAUGAUAUUCUUGUCCAUGAAAGAGCAAGAUCUUAUCUCUUGGAGUGUCAUGUUAACUUCUUGGGUCCAAAAUGGUUAUCAUCAAGAAGCACUUAAGCUUUUCGCAGAAUUCCAAACAGUUCCCACUUUUCAGGUUGACGAGUCUAUCUUAUCAAGCUGUAUUUCAGCUGCUGCUGGCUUAGCAGCAUUGGACAUGGGGAAAUGUUUCCAUUCCUGGGCUAUCAAACUUGGAUUGGAAAUUGAUCUUCAUGUUGCUUCUUCCAUUACAGACAUGUAUAGUAAAUGUGGAAAUAUUAAAGAAGCGUGCCAUUUUUUCAAUACUAUCAGUGACCAUAAUUUGGUAUCUUGGACGACUAUGAUAUAUGGAUAUGCUUAUCACGGGCUUGGGAAAGAAGCUAUUGACCUGUUUAACAAGGGUAAAGAAGCUGGAUUGGAACCUGAUGGUGUUACCUUCACUGGGGUUUUAGCUGCAUGUAGUCAUGCUGGAUUGGUGGAGGAAGGUUUCAAAUAUUUUGAGUACAUGAGAAGUAAAUACUGCUAUGAAGUAACCAUAAAUCAUUAUGCCUGCAUGGUUGACCUUCUUGGCCGAGCAGAGAAACUGGAAGACGCCGAGGCUUUGAUAAAGGAAGCUCCCUUUCAUUCAAAAUCUCUUCUAUGGAAGACACUCCUCGGUUCUUGCUCUAAACAUGAGAAUGCUGAAAUAGGGAACAAAAUAUCAAAGAUGCUUGCUGAUACCGAACUGAAUGAACCUUCAACCAAUGUUCUACUGUCUAACAUUUAUGCAUCAGCAUCAAUGUGGAAAAAUUGCAUUGAGUUGAGAAACAAAAUGGUAGAAGGGAGUGCUAAUAAGCAACCUGGAAGUAGCUGGAUUCAGUUGGCAGGAUAGAGUUAUUGAAUGUUCUAAAUAUUUUGCGUCUCAAUAAAUAUCAUAUCAAAAGCACAUUGAUCUGUUGAUGCAACAUUACUGAUCUUGAAAAUUCUUUGUGGUGGUCUUGACAAAAUUGAUUGUUUCAAUUAUUGGUUUCAUGGGUCAACCAUGCAUUUCUUUAAAAAUGCCGAUUGAAUGCUAGGACACAAGUAGUCAUUUCCAUAA